CGCUGCGGAGCGGCUUCAAGCCCGCUUCGCGCUGGCUUCCCCGAGCGUGGUUGUUUUUGCAGAAAAUGGCGUCAUCGCCCUCUUGUUUCUGCCUGGCCGCGGCGGGGAGAGGAGCAGUUUCGGGGACUCGUGGCGGCGCACACGCGAAGCGCCCACUUCCUUAAAGGCGAAAAUCGCGUGCCGCGACGUCUUUUGUUCAGGGACGGGGCGUCGAGUGGGCAAACGUUUCGCGUUCCGGCCCGGGAGAAGGACGCGCAAAGAUGGAAGGGUCACCGGUCCUGUGCGCCAAGCUGCUUCUUGGAAGCGGUGGCACGGAGCCGCAAAAAAAACGCAGCGUUUUCCCCCCACCGGCCCGAGACCCGUCCACGAGACCGCGGGGGAUUCGGCGUCCUCCCCACCACGUCGAUGGAGGUGUACGCCGGUAGUGAACGCGUGGCGCACCAGGCCAGUCUCGGGACCAUGGCGAAGGCCACGAAAUCAGCCGGGAGGAAGACUUCUCACUGUCUGCGCAGACAGGGUGGUGGUCAGGCGGACAUGGAGGAACUUAACUCGGACACUCAGCAAUCACCACAGGGACAGUCCAAGGGAGGAGCUCAGAUCCUUGUCCAAAAUCCUCCUUCCCCUGAAACCUUGUCGGGAACCUGGGACCACAAGGAAACGCCGCUGGAGGCCCAGGAAAAGAGCGACACUGCUGCCCAGCCUCAAGCCAAGUCUUUGUGGAAGCCCAUUCCCCCGCUGCUGCUGGAACCCCACAGGAGCAGCCCCCCCCCAGACACCCGGGACCAGAGCUGCCAGACCGAGGCGCAGGUCCAGCCCACCCCCACCAACAGCCACGCUCACAACACAGGUUUCUGUGUUGAGCCCGGCGAUCCUCCUCUGCUCCAACAGCCUCUGCAGACCUCCAAGUCCGGGAUUCAGCAGAUAAUUGAAUGCUUCCGAUCCGGCACCAACGAGCUCAGAAGCAUGCUUCUGAGGGAGGUAGACACCAUCUUCGAGUGUAAACUGUGUCGCAGUCUGUUCAGAGGCCUCCCUAAUCUCAUCACACACAAGGAGUACUACUGCUUAUCACGGCUGCCUGAAUCUGACGGUUCUUCUGGCGACGACAGACAGAGUGUAGCCAUGAAGGAUUUACUGGACGCUAUAUAUCCCAGAGCUGACCGGCCAGACUACGUGGUCCGACUAGAGCCCAUUCAGACCACCAACAAGGCGGUGUUCCAGUACCUCACCACAGAGGAGGAGCUGGCGAGAUAUCCGUCACACACAACCAGUGCCAGAGAGAGUCCUGUAGCCUGGGAAGGAGAAAGUACGGAGGGUGUGGAAAACAAUCCAGUGAGUCAGGCAAGCGGAGCCGAGAGCCACAGCAGCCCAGCACCGAAGAAAUGGGAGGCUGACGAUGAGGCUAAGGAGGAGCCGGCUAAGCCUGAAGACGAGGGCUCCAAUAGCGGGGUUGAGGAUGUGACCAUCUCCUGUUGCCUCUGUGGCCAAGACUUUAACUCGCGUCGGAGUAUCAGGCGUCACUGCCGUAAAAUGCACCAGACUAAACUGGAGGAGCUCCGAAAGUUCACAGAGACGCGCACAGUUCCCACUAGCUUGCUUUCUAUGGUGAAAGGCCGACCAAGGACUCUCAGCACGCCGACUGGAAAGUCCUGCCCAGUGUGCAUGAAAACCUUCGCCACCAAAGCCAACGUUCGGCGGCACUUUGACGAGGUGCACCGGGGUCUGAGGAGGGACACCAUCACGCCCAACAUCGCGUCAAGGCCAGGCCAGCCCUUCUCACUGGAGGUCACACCUCCGAGGAAGAGCAACAAUUCCUCCCCAACACGUGGCCACACCUCCAAGCCCACCCCUGUGAGCUCCAAGACCACCACGUCGAACCAGACCCAAGGGAAGGCGCCGAGUCAGCCUCCGGCCUCCUCACAGAGCAACUCGGCCUCCUGUCGCUGCACCCUGUGCAAGAGGAACUAUAGCUCGCAGCUUAUGUUGAAGAGACACAUGCGCAUAGUUCACAAGAUCUACAGUGUGAAAAGCAACAAGUCUGCCGCCAAACCGCCCUCUGCCCCGGCUGUGACCACGCCCAACAGCAGCACUAAUGUCAACCUCAGCAACAACGUACGAGUGAAGGAGGAAGCCGUGGAGGCCUCGGAUGACGACGACGACGACAUCGACAGCAGCCCCGCUCCGUCUCCCGCUGACAACAGCGCGGCGGCGAAAGGCGUUCCACAAGCGGUUCUGAAGGUGAAGGAGGAGGAAGCCCCCUCCAGCCCGAAGAUCCCGCCCACCCUGUCUUCAUCGUCGUCGCGCGGGGGCAACGCGUGCGGCACCAACAUGGCCGCCAAGUUAAACAAACUGUCCGUGGGCUUCGACUUCAAGCAGCUCUUCUGCAAACUGUGCAAGCGACAGUUCAGCUCCCGGCAGAACCUGACCAAGCACAUAGAACUGCACACGGACGGCAACGACAUCUUCAUCAAGUUCUACCGCUGCCCUCUGUGUCGCUACGAGUCGCGCCGCAAACGGGACGUCCUGCGCCACGUCACCGUCGUCCACAAGAAGUCGUCGGCCUACCUGGCGAAGAUCAUGCCCAAACUGGAGAGCAGGGCGGUGAAGAGGCUGGCGGAGGUGGUCCUGAACAGCACGAGCAAGCGGACGGGCGGCAGCGUCAAAGAGGAGAUGAAUGGGCGUCACGGUUCCUCGUCGUCUUCGUCGUCUUCGUCCUCGUCUCCCUCACCCCCGAUCACCCGCAAACAAGAAGCGUCCACAGCUGCGCCGCCAGCCUCCAGCCUGCCUCCCACCCACGUCACCAGGAAGCAGCAGGAGCUCUCCUCUCCGGUCCUGGCGCCGUCUCCCCCCGUCACCCGCAAGCAGGACAGACAGCAGACGGUCCCCCAGCCCCGCCCCCUCAGCCCGCCGCUGACCCGCCGCAGCGAGAAACACUCGCUGUCGCGCAACUCCUCGUCCUCGACCCCAUCCAGCAACCAGACGCCACACACCCGCCGACACGACGCCCAAUCGGAGAGCAGCUCCGUCACGUCGUCCACAGAAGUCAGAGUGACGAAGAAUUUCUCUCUGCAUGCCUGUGACCAGUGCGGGCGGGCGUUCGCUAAGAAGUUGUACUUGGAGUCACACAAGCGAAGCCAUCGAAACGCCACGGUGGGAACAGCCAGCAGGAGGAAAGGCGUCAGCACCCGCUCCAAAUCUCUGGUCUGGUGAAACACACAGUACUUACACGCUGCCCCAAAUGAAGGAGAGCCACAAACAAUUACUCAGCAAACCCAAACACUUAACUGGAAAAAAAAAUGAGACUACUAGAUGAAGUACGAGGAAGACGUGGAGACAUGAAGGAAGAGCGUAAACAGAGCCUUAUAGAAGAGCAGAGUUGCAUUAGAACCAAAAGACGGCUGACACUGACGUGUCGUUUCACAACGCAACCAGACCGCCUGCUGCUAUUUACACAGAAACUCCAACCUGCUGUACAUAGAAUAUGUAUCUAUCUGUAUUUACUCGUGUAAAUACGGAGCUAUAUGCAAACUACAGAUAUUUACUGCUUUGCUUAUAUUAUCCUACAUUUAGGAAGUGGAUGAAGGUAGUCUGAGUGAGUGAGCGGAAACACGGGAUCAGAAACUGGACGGGCUCAGCCGGGUUACGUAUGAAAUAUAUUUUGUAUUUUAUUGCUGAAAAAGGGGGAAUAGGACAACGUCAAAGAUGUCAGGCUCAACUGCGCCUGUUUCUACGCUAUUUCACUAGCGUCUCAAAUCAGCUCCGUUGAACUUGUUUACAGUCAAACGUUUUUUUUUGGGUGAUGAGAAAAUGUAAUUUUCCGUCCCUCUCAGUUAUUUUCCUAAUGAAUCGACUACUGCUCCCUGCUGCUUUGCAGCACUGAGACGACCCAACGGUGACCCGCCUACAGUAUGAAUUAGUUUUGAUUGGUCGGACUGCUGCGUUUAGAAAUUCAAAAACAGCUCUGUUUAAAUAUUCUCCGUUUACAUACAAAGCAGCCCCUUUCUUUUUAAUGCUAAAGCCUCAUUAUCUGGGCGACUUGGCUCCACAUUGAACUUUACUACGAGUCCAUUCAUUUUUUUUAUGAUACGAUUGGAAACUUUAAAUGAUACGAGAGACAAAGUUACAGCGAGACGGGGCGCAACAAAAAAAAUGGACGAUUCCAUUGGCAACAGGUCACAGUCGUACUGCCGGAGCUCUUUGGGUCAAUAACUGGAAGAAUUGACUUUCUACCUACCUUCAUCUGGAUGUUACAUCCUUCUAUAGGUCUAUGAUCACACGCGGUUGUGUUUCCCUUACAUCCUCAGUGCCUAAGAGCUGGUCUGGGUGAGCUAUAGGAAGCAGAACAUUUCCUGACUGAAAGGCUUACACAGAUAUCUACACUGGAGCAAAAUGUACAUCAGCUGUCUGAUCUUAGCUUUUAAUUCUGACCAACGUAACGCAUUUAUUUUCACUAGUUUGUGUAUUGUUUGCUACUAAAAUGUGCUUUUGUGAGUCCAGCCGUGGAGCUCGUUCGCCAACGGCUCCUAAAAGGUAGUCUUUGAAACACUGGAGAAGAGUUUUUUGGGGGGAAUGAAGGAGACCAAGAAGAAGAGGAGCCGAGGAAGACCAAAUGUAGAUAUGUCUUUAAUGUUCAAACUGUAAGCCAUGAAAAAGAACAAGCAGAAACGAAGAAAGACCAACCUUUAUUUUUGUAACAGCAAAGGCUUCUGCAGCAAACGCACUGUGCAUCAACUCAUCCUGUGUGGAGGACUAGCAGGAAUAGAUCACACGCUUAUUUAGUUAUCGGUCGUGAGCGUGUCAUUCGAAAGCUGGUUUAUGUUCCUCGUUUGUCAGUUGUUUUGGUUUUAUUAUAUUUUUUUUAACUGUUUGUUAAAACUUGUCGACACAACGACCCGGCUCUCAAAGCGAAGAAGGUUUAAGUUUGUGUAUUUUCUUUCAUAUGUUGUAAUAUGUUAUUAAGCUUUUUCCUCUAGAGACCACCAGAAGUAGAAAAGCCUUUUCAGAUGUGACCAGAAUGUUAAAAGCCACUAUUUAAUAAAUAAAAACAUACUACUUAAAGGCCCUGA